AUGUCCGCCGCCCGUACCGCAUUUGCCUCGCUGGCCCGCAGCCAGGUCGGUGCCGCCGCCUCGCGCACCCAGGCCCGCUGCCUCGGCACCUCGUCUGCCAUCAGGCAGCCCUCGAAGCUGCUCCAGCAGACCUCGUCCGCCUCGCCCGUCGCCAGCUCGUCGCGGUUGACCACCAACCCUGCCGCCCUCACCGCCUUCAUCCCCUCGUCCUCGCGCAACGCCAGCACCGAUGGAAAGCCCCAGGAGAUGACCGUCCGUGAUGCGCUCAACUCGGCCAUGGAGGAGGAGAUGCUCAGGGACGACAACGUCUUCAUCCUCGGCGAAGAGGUCGCCCGAUACAACGGCGCGUACAAGGUCACCCGUGGCCUCCUCGACAAGUUCGGCGAGCGACGUGUCAUUGACACGCCCAUCACCGAGGCCGGUUUCGCCGGUCUCGCCGUCGGUGCGGCCCUCUCUGGCCUUCGCCCCGUCUGCGAGUUCAUGACGUUCAACUUCGCGAUGCAGGCCAUCGACCAGGUCAUCAACUCGGGUGGCAAGACUUACUACAUGUCCGGCGGCAACGUGCCGUGCCCCAUCGUCUUCCGCGGCCCCAACGGCGCCGCUGCCGGUGUCGGCGCCCAGCACUCGCAGGACUACGCGGCGUGGUACGCCUCGAUCCCCGGUCUCAAGACCGUCAGCCCGUGGAGCGCCGAGGACUGCCGCGGCCUGCUCAAGGCCGCCAUCCGCGACCCGAACCCGGUCAUUGUCCUCGAGAACGAGAUCAUGUACGGCACCAGCUUCCCCGUCAGCCAGGAGGUCCUCUCUGACGACUUUGUCAUCCCGAUUGGCAAGGCCAAGGUCGAGCGCGCCGGCAAGGACAUCACGCUCAUCUCGCACUCGAUUGGCAUGACGUACGCCAUGGAGGCCGCCGAGAUCCUCAAGAAGGAGGAAGGCGUCGAGGCCGAGGUCAUCAACCUGCGCACCAUUGCGCCGCUCGACGUCGACACCAUCCUCGAGUCGGUCAGGAAGACCAACCGCGCCGUCACCUGCGAGUCGGGCUUCCCCUUCGGCAGCGUCGGCUCCGAGGUCACGGCCACCAUCAACGACUACGCCUUCGACUACUUGGACGCCCCCGUCGAGCGCGUCACGGGCGCCGCCAUCCCCACCGCCUACUCUGAGCCGCUAGAGAAGCUCUGCUUCCCCAACACGGAGCUCGUCGUCAAGGCCGCCCGCCGCGCGCUCUACAAGUGA